UCUGCAUCCAGUGAGGACAGACUGGAGAAUUCAGCUGAAGACGAAUCAUUUAUAACAAUAUCUAAUAAUCUAUAAUAAUCUGUAAUAAUAAUAAUAAUAUACUAUAAUAAUAAUAUAUAAUCUAGAAGCAGGUUGGUGUGAACUCCAGACAGACAGUUUCCAGUCAAACAGACGGAGGGAGGACCCAGACCUCCACCAAAGCCUCCAGCUGCCUCCUCUCAGUCCGACCGGAGCAGCGGAGCUGGGCGGAUGUGUGACCGGAGGAGCCGCUCCGAGCCGCCGGUGGAUGUGUGAGCGUGAGUCCGGGCUGCGGUGGACCUGAGCCGGCCCGGUGUGGAUGGGAUUCCCGCUACCGGAGGAGGAAACAUGCGGCUGCAGAGCUUCGUGCCGGUCCCGUCGGUCCGGUCCGUCCGGUCCGUCCGCCUCCCGCCGCCGCUGCUGCUGCUGCUGUUCGGGCUCUGCAGCGGAACAAGUUUCCCAACAAACAUCAACAUCGGAGGUCUUUUCCCCACCGGUUCUCAUGAGUAUGAGGUGUUUCGGUUUGCUCUGGCCCAGAACCAGGACGUUCCCAAACUGGUUCCCCAGGUGGACAUGGUGGACACCAGCAGCAGCUUCGCCAUGACCUACGCCUUCUGCUCCCAGUUCUCCAAAGGCGUGUACGCCAUCAUGGGUCUGUACGACCGGAGGACCGUCAACAUGCUGAUGUCUUUCUGCGGCUCGCUGCACGUCUGCUUCGUCACUCCGUCCUUCCCCGUCCUCACCAACAACCAGUUCGUCCUGCAGCUCCGUCCUCAGCUGCAGGAGCCUCUGAUGGCGCUGCUGGAGCACUUCUACUGGAACCACUUCGUCUACAUGUACAGCUCCAAUUCAGGUCUGUCGGUUCUUCAGAGGAUCCUGGACACGGCGGCUGAGCGGAGCUGGCAGGUGACCUCGGUGAACCUGGACACUCUGACAGAGGUCUCCUUCAUCAAGCUGCUGGCCGACCUAGACUACAAGAAGGAGUUCCAGAUCAUCAUCGACUGCGAGCUGGAGCGCCUCAACUCCAUCAUCAACCUGAUCGCUGCUCAGAAGAGGAACCUGAAGAACUACCACUACAUCCUCAACAACUUGGGUUUCCUGGACCUGAACGUCACUGAGUUCCAGAAUCUGGGUCCAAACGUAACCGGCUUCCAGCUGAUGAACCGAAGUGACCCGUUAGUUCAGAAAAUCAACCAGGAGUGGAUGGAGUUCGAUAGUAGAGACCUGAAGCUGGUCAGGAGGAGGCUGAAGUACACCGGAGCUCUGACCUAUGACGGGGUCAUCGUCAUGGCGACAGCCUUCAACAACCUGCGGCGGCAACGGAUCGACAUCUCUCGCCGUGGCAACGCUGGAGAGUGUCUGGCCAAUCCGCCGGCUCCGUGGGGGCAGGGCAUCGACAUCCAGAGAGCCCUGCAGCAGGUCCGUCUGGAUGGUCUGACAGGUCGAAUCCAGUUCGAUGAGCGAGGACAUCGGACCAACUACACCCUGACAGUGAUGGAGCUGAGCCCAGCUGGACCCAGGAAGAUGGGCUACUGGAACGAGAAGCAAGGCUACGUCAACACGGCCGUCUACAAGCCGGUUCUGGAGGAGUUCCACGGUCUGCAGAACAGAACCUAUGUGGUCACCACCAUCCUGGAGGCGCCGUACAUGAUGCUGAAGACGAACCAUGAGAAGCUGGAGGGGAAUGAUAAAUACGAAGGGUACUGUGCAGAACUCGCCUCGGAAAUCGCCAAACACGUGGGCUUCAGCUACCGACUGCAGCUGGUGGGCGACGGGAAGUAUGGCGCCAGAGACUCUGAGACCAAGAUGUGGAACGGCAUGGUGGGAGAACUGGUGUACGGGAGUGCUGACGUGGCCGUGGCUCCGCUCACCAUCACGCUGGUCCGAGAGCAGGUCAUCGACUUCACCAAACCCUUCAUGUCUCUGGGGAUCUCCAUCAUGAUCAAGAAGCCCACCAAGUCCAAACCGGGGGUCUUUUCCUUCCUGGACCCACUGGCCUACGAGAUCUGGAUGUGCAUCGUGUUCGCCUACAUUGGUGUCAGCGUGGUUCUGUUCCUGGUGAGUCGCUUCAGUCCUUAUGAGUGGCAGGGAGACGACUCUGAUGAUGAAGAUGAAACUCUGCCCUCCUCUUCCUCACGAAGACCUCCACCGACUUCAUCCUCUGAACUCACCCAGUCUCCAGGGAACCAGAACCAGCAGAAGGAGAAGGAGGCUCCAGAACACACCAAUGACUUUGGGAUCUUCAACUCUCUGUGGUUCUCUCUGGGAGCCUUCAUGCAGCAGGGCUGUGACAUCUCGCCCAGGUCUCUGUCGGGUCGGAUUGUGGGAGGAGUUUGGUGGUUCUUCACCCUCAUCAUCAUCUCCUCGUAUACGGCCAACCUGGCAGCCUUCCUCACCGUGGAGAGGAUGGUCUCCCCCAUAGAGAGUGCAGAAGACCUGGCCAAGCAGACGGAGAUCGCCUACGGGACCCUGGACGGAGGUUCCACCAAAGAGUUCUUCAAGCGCUCCAAGAUCGCCGUGUUCGAGAAGAUGUGGUCGUACAUGCGCAGCGCCGACCCCACGGUGUUCGUGAAGAACACCAACGAGGGCGUGGUGCGGGUCCGCAAGUCGAAGGGGAAGUACGCCUACCUGCUGGAGUCGUCCAUGAACGAGUACAUCGAGCAGAGGAAGCCCUGCGACACCAUGAAGGUGGGAGGAAACCUGGACUCCAAGGGCUACGGGGUGGCCACGCCCAAAGGAUCUCCACUCAGACCACUCACCAACUCUACUCUUCAGUUUUUGUCUCUGAGCUGCUUUCAGAUAGAACUUCAUUUUAAUAAAUUCGUUCGAAGAAACCCCGUUAACUUGGCAGUGUUAAAACUGAACGAGCAGGGCCUGUUGGACAAAUUGAAAAACAGAUGGUGGUAUGACAAGGGCGAGUGCGGCACCGGGGGAGGGGACUCCAAGGACAAGACGAGCGCGCUCAGUCUGAGCAACGUGGCAGGAGUGUUCUACAUCCUGAUUGGAGGGCUGGGGCUGGCCAUGAUGGUGGCUCUGGUGGAGUUCUGCUACAAGUCCAGGAUCGAGUCGAGGAGGAUGAAGGAGCUCAUCGACGCUGCCAUGAUGAGCACCACGCUGGGCGGGAUGGCGGUCGCUGGCGGAGGCGUGGCGGCCGGCGGUCUGGGAGGAGCGUCGGGACUCGGCGGUGAAAACGGCCGAGUGGUGGCUCACGACUUCCCUAAAGCCGGAGCUCAGGGUUUACCCUGCAUGAGCAAGGCUGCCGGGCUGGGACUGUCCUCCACCGGCAUGUGACCAAACCCUGCCUCCUGACUGGACGAGGACCAGAAGAUUUCACUCUAACAGAACUCUGAGAAACAGAGAGCACCUGAACACAACACUUGGGCUGAACUAAUCCUUUUUCUGCGAGCGCUGUCUGAAGCUGCUCCUCUUCUGCAACAGCCGCACCUGAGGAAGGUUUGAUUUAUGAGCAGCCCUCGUCACUCCUCCUCGGUCACGUUCUCACUAAACGUCACGUCGAUACGGCGGACGGUCGAGCAUGUUGGAACUUUUCUACUCACAGAUGAACACCUGGUCCUGAUGGAUGCUCUGAGAGAUACCCGGGGCUCUGAUCAGGUUUUAGUGUUUGAGCAUGUAAACUCCUGAAACCUGGAUGUAAACUAAACAUUAGCUUCAGUGUGAAAUGUGAUGCUUGAUGGUUGUACGGUUGGACUGAUGCUCCUCAGAUCUACUCCGUCUACAUGUUCUCAUCCGGUUCCUUCACUCACAUCUUUAGGUUCCAAUCAGCAGCUUUAACAGAUUAACAAAACAUUCUGUAAAGUUUCUAGUCUGCUAGAUGAAACAGAUCAGUUAAACCAGGAGAGUCAGAAUCACCUUAGUCCAGGACCUGAUCUCCAGUGGACCGGACCAGUAGAACCAGUAAAACCACAGCAGAACAACCCAUAAAUAACCACAACUUCUAAUGUUUAGAAAUGUUCACAUUUAAGGAAUUAUCUUUUCACUAAACAUCGCGAACAACCUGAAAUUUAUCCAGAAAAAGAAAUUCGGUUUCAUCAACGUUCAUCCUCAGUUUAUCAUUAACACAUUACAACUUCCAGAUCACAGAGUGUCGACAAAGGAACACAACAUUUAGUCAUCUGGAACUGAACCAUAGACGAUUUACUGGAGGAUCAAAACGACAAAAAAAGCAACAAAAACAAGACAAAAUAUUACAAAAACGAGACACAAAAUGACAAAAACUGAAACAAACGACACAAAACUAAACAAAAAAAAGACAAAAAAUUAGAAAGUUACAAAGUGACAAAAAAACGGACAAAUGCCAAUGAGACAAAAAAUGACAAAAAAAACGGUUCACAAACCAA